AUGGAGGUCGACAUUGCGCCCCAAUUCGGCGCUGAGUUGAAGGAUGGCUUCAAGACGGUCAACGCUUGGGUCUCCGGAGGCAUCGCAUGGCUCGACGAUAUCCAGCAGUUUUACCGAGAACGAAGCGCUAUAGAGAAGGAGUACUCUCAGAAGCUCAGUGCAUUAGCAAAGAAGUACUAUGAGAAAAAGGCCAGGAAAGUGAGCAGCUUGAGUGUCGGCGACACGCCAACAGUGACUCCAGGCUCACUGGAAAGUGCCUCUAUGACCACGUGGGGAGCCCAGCUGAAUACUCUCGAACAACGCGCGACCGAACACGAGCAAUUCGCUACCGCCCUCAUCUCACAGCUCGCCGACCCUUUGAAGACACUUGCGACUCGAACCGAAGAGCUACGCAAGCUCCAUGGCGACUACGCAGCGAAGCUCGAGAGGGAACGCGACGGCCAGUACGCCGAACUACGCAAGACGAAGGGCAAAUACGAUAGUGUGUGCCAGGAGGUUGAGAACCGCCGUAAGAAGCUCGACGGUGCUUUCGAUCAUGGCAAGAACAAAGCACGAAAUGCCUUUGAGCAGCACCAGGUCGAGAUGCGCAAUGUCAAGAACACCUACCUCAUCACUAUCAACGUCACGAACAAGCAGAAGGAAAUGUACUACCACGAAUACGUUCCUGAGCUUCUAGAUAGCAUGCAAGAUUUGUCAGAAACACGCGUCAACAAGCUCAAUGCAAUCUGGUCCUUGGCAGCCUCGAUUGAGACGCAAACCCUCACACGCAGUACAGAAUAUUUGCAACACCUUUCCUCCGAGAUCCCUCGCAACAACCCUCUGCUCGAUUCCAUGAUGUUCGUCAGACACAACGCUGGUGGGUGGCAGGAACCUGGCGACUUCCAAUUUGAACCGAGUCCGGUGUGGCUCGACGAUGGAAACCUCGCUGUGGAUGAGUCGGCAGUCACCUUCUUACGGAACGUCUUGUUGAAGACUAAAGGCUCGUUAGGAGACUACCGACGCGACCUUGAUAAGAAGUUGAAGGAGGUGGAGAAUGCAAAGGCAGUGCGGCGAAACAUUCAAGAAGGGAAAGAUAAGAGGGACGAAGUCGAUGUAGUGCGCGCCAUCUUCGCUAUUCAAGAAGCUGCCCAUGAGGUUGCGAAGCAGAAGGUCAGCGCUGAAGUCGAAGUCUCGACGAUCACCUCGGUUGUUGGCGAUGUCAGCAUUGGUGCAAGAAACCACAACUUUAAGUCUCAGACUUUCAAGAUACCCACCAAUUGUGAUCUGUGUGGUGAUCGGAUAUGGGGGUUAUCCGCAAAGGGGUUCGACUGCCGAGAUUGCGGCUACACCUGUCAUAGCAAGUGUGAGCUGAAGGUGCCGGCAGACUGUCCAGGGGAGCAGACGAAGGAAGAGAGGAGGAAGCUCAAGGAGGAGCGACAGAAAGCUUCACAUACUGUGACAUCGACAAACGGUGCCGCUACAGGAUCGCAGUCAGAUAUGCCACGGUUAGGCAGGAGUGACACUGUAAACUCGAUGAACACACUCAGCUCCGGUUAUUCUGCAACAGCUCACAGGUCAAUAUCCGGAGGGAUGUCACCAACUGUUGAGGAACCACCAGCAGAGAAGAAGGCACCAGCGGCUGGGGCUAGGAAACACCGAGUCGUUGCGCCACCGCCCGCAGCAUACAUCAAAGCCGAUGAUGAUGCUCCACCGCCAGCGUCUAGUGCACCAGAGGUCAAGGGCAGGAUGCUAUACACCUACGAAGCAGGCGGCGAAGGCGAGUUGACAGUUGCCGAUGGGCGGGACGUCACCAUCCUGGAACAUGAUGGUAGGUCCUCUCUCAAACUGACUCCCAUGUUUCAGUAUCUUCUGGACAUGUCGCUUACAGACUGUACAGACGGGUCUGGCUGGAUGAAAGUCCGCGCCGGCGCCAAAGAAGGUCUUGUGCCUGCCUCGUAUGUGGAGAUUCUUGCUGCAGCAACACCACCCACCACUGCAUCCACCUUCUCUUCAACACGGCCUGACUCGACGUAUUCUGCGUCAUCGGCCUCUACCACGAACCUUGCAGCUCAGUUGACUGGUGGCAAGAAGAAGGGCCCAGCUGUGGCACCCAAACGAGGCGCGAAGAAGCUGAAAUACGUCGAAGCGCUGUAUGAGUACAAUGCGCAGAGCGACGUGGAGCACUCGAUGGCUGAGGGUGAGCGAUUUGUUCUUAUCAACAUGGAUGCUGGAGAGGGGUGGGCAGACGUCGAGAAGGACGGCGUGGUACGGAGUGUUCCUGCAAACUACAUCCAACAGCCUAUUGACAUUUUUCGAGGGCGACAAUCUAAUAUAGCAGCUCUGGCCUUGCGCAAAGGAAAUUCGCCAUAUCGGCCAUCCGUGCCACAUUCUCAUCUCCACUACCCUCAAAGGAUUAGCCAGGGAUUGAGUGUUGCACAACAGCAGUUCGCAUCACACGCACGCAGGGCGAGAGUGCCGGCAGCCAUGCGCGCGCUUUAUCGACGGUUGAAAACCUCUGGACGAUCUUACGCCAUGACACUAGAGAUAGAGCCGCAAACCGCAAAGCAAGCCCAGCUGCGGCUCGCCGUGCCCGAAUACGUGACAAAUGCCGCCAUCCUUGCCUUCUUCCACCUGCAAGUGGCUCACUCCUGCGACAGAACACUCUCAGCUGUGGCUCGUGCUCAUAUACACAUUUCUUUCCGUAACCUCGUUGGAGAUCCUCCAGUCCGCUCCUUCACAUCAGUAUAUACCACACGCUCUUUCUGUAUUCCAGGCUCGUGCUUCACCACAACGAAUCCACAAAAACAACACCUUCAAGAUACACCCGCGCAGAUCACCACGCGAAGUCUCAUACGCACUUGCACACUGAACAGUAACGACGCCAACAUGAGAUAUCAAUACAUCGCUAUUUUCGCGGCUGCCACUGCAGUCACCGUAGCGAAGCCUCACCAGCGCAUUCACCGUCAUGCUCAAGCUCACGUCGCACGCAUGGCUCGCCCAGACAGCGCUCUGUACGCGCCGGCGCCAGUUGAGACUGUCAUCAUCUACGAGCUGGAUGGCCGCCUCAUCUCCGAGGAAGAGGCUCGCCGGGGCAUCACAAAUGGCACACUUCGUUGGGGUGACGACGGCGUCCUGUCGAGUUCCGUCAAAGGUCCUGUUGCGCUGCCCACAACCCCGCCAGCUCCCUCAACUGAGGUCAAGGAGCCCGUCCAAAUACAGCCAACUACCACACAGGCUCAACAGAUCGAAACCCAACAACCUACCCUAUCUACCAAAGGGACCUUCACUCCUGCACUGGCUUCCACUUCAGCGGCAGCUCCGCCGCAAGAGCCAGCCCCGGCCUCCGCACCAGACGCAUCGCCAGAUGACCCUAACGACCUUGUCGACAAAGACGGUAACUGUGCCUCGUGUGAUAAGCCCUUCCCCAACGGCGUGAUCCCAUGUAACCAGUUCCCUUACGGUUACGGUGCCAUGCCUCUCAACAACGAGGGACUUGGAGGUUGGUCUGGCAUCCAGGACCCCGGGUACCGCGGCGGUGAUGGCUUUGACAAUAUCAGAACUGUAGUCAAGGGCUCAUGCUCUGAUGGCUCUUGCUGCACAGAAGGCACCUACUGCUCGUAUGGGUGCCCGAACCCUUACCUGAAGUUGUCUUUCCCCAAGAAGCAAGGGAAGACCGGCCAGACUGUUGGCGGACUUUACUGUAACGAUCAGGGCAUGCUGGAGAUCGCAGAUGGCUCCAUUGGCAAGACACUCUGUGGAAAAGGGUCUACCAAGAUGACCGUCAAGGUGCAAAACAAGCUCAAGAAAUCGGUCUCCAUCUGCCGCACUGACUACCCUGGCACUGAGUCUAUGACCUUCCCUCUUACCGUGGGACCUGGCGAAACCGGCUACCUGGCCAACCCAGACCAGAGCAAGUACUUCUUCUGGGAGGGCAAGCCCACCUCCGCUCACUAUUACGUCAACAAGCAAAAUGUGCCUGAGAGUGAGGCUUGCACCUGGGGUCAGGAUGGCAAGGGCGUGGGCAACUGGUCGCCUACAAUCUUCGGCACCUCCUUUGAUGACAUUGCUUCCAACGUCGGCUAUUCCAGCUUGAAGCAGAACGAGCUCAACUGGAACGAGAAACUCGAUUACUCCAUCACUUUUACUGGUGACGGUGUCACCAAUGCCUGUAAGUACAAGGCACCCACUGGCAAGUACGGUCAGGGCGAGAAGUGGUUCGACAGCAUCCAGGAUGGCUGCACUGCUGGCAUCAAGGAGGGCAGCACCCUCACUCUUGUCCUUACUGACGACUAG